ACACCCAGUCCUCCUGCUACUCUGCCAUCAACUACUCUGGAGGGUCAUCAAGAACCAUGGUGCCCAGAAGCUUUGGUUUCAACAGCAUAUUAGCCUUCCUCCUCCUCCUCUUGUGCUUAAAGUCAGGGGCCCACAUGAACUCCGGCCUGUGGCUGUGCCAGCAAGCACCCAGAUGUGGGCACCGGAUGUACAACCCUGAGGAGCAAUGCUGUGAUCAUGACACCAUCUUGCCCCUCAACCGGACCAACCUCUGUGGCCCCGGCUGCAAGUUCUGGCCCUGCUUUGAGCUCUGCUGUCCCGAGUCGUUUGGCCCCCAGAAGAGAUUUGUUGUGAGACUGAAGGUUCUGGGGAUGAACUCACGGUGCCCUACCUCUCCCAUCUCCAGAGCCUGUCCUAAGUAAGGACCUGCCUCACUCAAGAUGACAACAGGACAAGGGGGCUAAGGUAAGGAUGAACUCUGGAGGCUGGGGCCCUCCAGGAUAGGGAUUCCAGUCCUGCAUCUCCCCUCCCUCUCCAUCUCUGCGUCUCUCCAAAACUGCUCAGUCUCCAUCUCUUUCAUUUUCUGCAGCUUAUGAGGGACAACCCAGCCAUCCUAUUGGAACCUUGGAACAUCUGGCUAAAAGCACACACCCUAACAUAUGAGAAGAAAUGGGUGGGUGGUAUGGUUUUCAAAUGAUAAAACCAUGUCUUAGAUUCUGGUGAGGUUAGAUGUGUUCUUUCUGAAUUUCCUGUGGCAACUUGCUGAGGAAUGAUUACACAGUAACUUCUCUCUGCUCCUAAAGCCCCCCCUGCCCACAGCAAUCAGUGUCU